AUGCCGUCAACCAGUCUCUGCCAAGACGAGACAUGUCCUCCAUACAGUCUCAUGGACGAUUACAGCGAAGGAGCCCACCCACAAAUUCUUGAAGCUCUUCUCCGCACAAACUCUACCCAGCAAGUUUCUUACGGAAAUGAUGAAUAUUCAGAUGCGGCGAGGCGAAUGAUUCGAGAGCGAAUCGACUGUGGCGAAGAUGAGGCAGACAUUUUUUUCGUGCCCAGCGGAACAUCAGCAAAUCUCAUUUCAAUCGCUAGCUGUUUACGACCCUAUGAGGCUGUCAUUACCUUGGACUCGGGCCAUAUUGCCUGCAAGGAAGCUGGCGCAAUUGAAGCCACCGGCCACAAGCUUAUCCUCGUCCCGGCCGUUGACGGCAAAAUGACGACGACAAAUUUGCAAAAGGCUUUGCAACAGAAUCAAUUCUUCCCUCACAUGGCUAAGCCUCGACUGCUUUAUGUUUCCAAUGCCUCGGAGACCGGUACGGUUUAUACUAAGCGCGAGCUGAGCAGUCUAUCUGCUUUGUGCAAAAAGAUGAACCUCUUACUUCUGGUGGACGGUGCUCGGAUCGGAACAGCCAUGUGCUCAAAGAAAAACGACAUGACUCUACGAGAUAUCUUCGAGUUCGCUGAUAUUUUCUGGAUCGGUGGCACCAAAGCUGGUGCGCUCAUGGGAGAGGCGAUUGUCGUCAAGAAGGCCAUCGCCGAGGGAUUUGUGUUCCAUCUCAAACAGCACGGUGCACUCUUAGCAAAGGGACGGAUUAUGGGUGUGCAGUUUAUGGAAUUGUUCAAAAACGAUCUUUUCUUCACGCUGGCCACACAUGCCAAUACCAUGGCUGAGAAGAUCUCCGCCAAUUUUGAAGAGCUAGGAUACCAGCUGGCGGCGGAAACAGAGACAAAUCAAGUCUUCAUUACGAUGCCGCAGCAGUUGGCUCAAAGGCUCCAGGAUAGGUUCCGAUUCUACAUCUGGGAUCAGUUAGAUGAUGGUCAAGUUGUCGUGAGAAUCGUGACAUCUUGGGCUACGGACGAGUUGCAGGUCGACAAGUUCAAUGCGUGGGUGAGGCAGUGGACGGCGGCGACUAAGGAAUUCGCCACUUAG